AUGGGGAAAAGACAGCAACUUUCCAUUAAUUUUGCUCUAAAGAAGUGUCCUUGCACUCAAGAAGAUCGCAUUAGUCAGUUGCCUGAUGAUAUUCUGGUUUAUAUACUGUCUUUCCUUACCAUUAAGGAAGCAACAUACACUAGUCUCCUCUCCAAGAGGUGGUUACCCGUGUGGAAAUAUAUUCCUCGACUUGAUUUUGAUGCCACCGAACCAUUACACCAAGUAUUUUUGAAUCACAAACUAAGGAAAAUGCAUAUGAAGAAGUAUGUGAGAUGGGUUAACCGUACUUUACACAAGUGUGAAGUACAUAGAUUAGACCAAUUUCGUGUUUGCUUCGAUUUAAACAAAUUUUCCCAGCAUGAGAUUGACAAGUGGCUUGAGUUUGCCUUUGCUAGGCAAGUCCAGAGGCUAGAGUUGGACUUGUUAAAAGGUGGGAAGGAGACUCGAGAUUUUGAUUAUUGCUACACUUUCCCGGCUCAGCUCCUUGGUCUCAAUGAUAAGUUGCCAGCUCUCUGGCAUAAUUUUAUGUCUGUAAAGGUACUGUUAUUGAAGUCAGUAAAUGUGACAGGCGAAGUUCUUGAGUUCUUCCUUCAUAACUGCCCGUUUCUUGAAGAAAUGGUGGUUCAUGGAUCUGGAACGCUGGUAAAUUUGCAAGUCAUUGGUCCUUCCCUCAAGUUGAAACACUUGGAAAUUUGGCGCUGCCAGUGUUUAGAAUCACUUAAAAUCCAUGAUACAAACCUUGUAACACUUGUGGCUUCAGCAGCAACCAAAUUAUUUCUCUCAAAUGCUCCUAUGCUGAUCAAGGUAGAGAUUGUUGGUGCAUUCAGGCCUAUUCUGAAAGACAUAUUGGCUCCGAUUUCUUGUGUUCUCUCUCAGCUGGAGGUCCUCAAAAUAACUUCCUCUGAUGGAUUGGGGAAUUACAAGUUUCCUGAAUUUACCAAGCUCAAGAAAUUUGUCGCUCAUGUUUUUGCAUGGAGAGACACGUCUCUCUUAGGUUGCACACAUGUGAUAGGGGCUGCACCACUGUUGGAGGAAUUUGAGUUGAAGCUCGUUUGGUAUGGAGGUAUGGCGGCAGAAUGGAAUUAUGAUUCUGGCAUUUCGUUGACUCCAGCUGAGUGUUUCAUUGGUAAAUCAAUUCCAGGUUUGAAAGUUCCUUUGGAUUCCAAUUUGGUUUGGUUCAAACCAUUGAGGGUAAAAAGAGAGUGUAAGAAGAUGGUAAGUUGUCCUCUCCGUCACCUCAAAGUGAUCAGGUUGUGCGGAUAUUUUGGCCGUACGUGCGAAUUUGAGCUCGUUAAAUAUUUUUUGGAAAAUGCUAUUGUGCUUGAGAAAAUUAUUAUUGAUCCUCGUUCUCAAAUCGUUACUCCUGUGUUGUCACUUUCGACAAUUGAAAUGGAGCAAAUGUCAAGAAAUUUUGCUAAGCUCCAACUUGAAGGUGAAGUUCCUCCGCGUAUUGAGUUGGUGAUAUUGUGA